UUGGUCAGUGAGAAAUAACUGGCAGUGUAACUUCCGUGUCUGUAAGCGCACCGCUGCUUCCGUGUAAUGUGAAGUUUCCCCUGCUGGACGGUCCGUUGCAGCUCAUCAGGAUGCGUGCGAUUCCCGAGGAGUUAACGACGCUUAUCUCAGAUCUAGAGGCUUUCCUCUCUGAGGGGCUGAAAGGGGAAAGUUUGAGCAAGAAGGCAAAAGAGAAGAGGGAAGCAUUCAUCAAAAGGAUAAAAGAGAUCAAAUCAGGCUACCCACAGGAUUUCAAGGACAAAACAGGUGGAGAAGACUCAGAUGAUGAGGAAGAGGUUGACAGCAACAAUGACGGAGGGUCUCUGCACUCAGAGCGCACAGACAAGGAUGAAGAGGCUUGCGAAGGUGCCCAGCAGUCUCCACCUGUGGCGGCUCAGGACCUGGUGUCUGUUUUUAAGGCAGGAUACCUCGAGAAACGCAGAAAGGAUCACAGCUUCUUUGGCACAGAGUGGCAGAAGAGAUGGUGUGCUCUAAGCAGCAAUAUAUUCUACUAUUAUGGAAGUGAGAAAGAUAAGCAGCAGAAGGGCGAGUUUGCAAUUGAUGGCUACAAUGUCAAAAUGAACAACACCUUACGGAAAGAUUCAAAGAAAGACUGCUGCUUUGAAAUAUCGGCUCCUGACAAGCGAGUCUAUCAGUUUUGUGCGUCAUCUCCGAAAGAGGCGGAGGAAUGGGUGAAACAGAUAGACUUUGUUUUGAAAGAUAUGACAGGCAUCAUCCCAGAGGAAGACUAUGAAGAGCAGGAGAUGUAUGAUGAUGUUGGCCCGACUACAGCUGAGUCUGCGCCCAUUGACGAAGACAUCUAUGAAGAACUCCCAGAGGAGGAACUUCCUACUCCUCCAAAGCCUCGUCCAAAGGUGGAACCAUCAAGCAAACCCGCUCCUCCUGCUGCAGUUAACAAGAAGAGCACAGACUACUCGAACUACUACCAGGGCCUGUGGGAUUGUACAGGAGACCACCCUGAUGAGCUGUCCUUCAAACGAGGAGAUGCCAUUUACAUCCUGAGUAAGGAGUAUCAGAGCUUUGGCUGGUGGGUUGGAGAGUUGAAGGGCACUAUAGGAAUUGUCCCCAAAGAUUACCUCAUGGAGCUGUAUGCUCUAUAAAGACACCCAGCGAACAUUCCCUCAGCAAUCUUCCAGUAUGAAAGAAUAAUUGUUGGAUCAAAUGAUUUCUAUAUGACUGCAUAGAUAAAUAAAUAAACAGAUAAAUAAACAGAUAAAUAAAUAAAUAAAUAAAUGUUGCAUAUUGUACAUUGUAAUUUAACUUCACACUAUGUCUGCAUUGUUUGGCUUGUUUUCUAUCCAACAUACAAUACAAUUUUGGCAUUAAAAAAUGCAUUCCAUGAAACAUCAUGCUUUGGAUAAUGGCAAAUGGCUUUGAAUAAAGUUGAAUGAA